UAUAUGCCUGCUGUGUCGUACAUAAUGUCUAGGACUAGUUUUCAUCGUCUUUGAUCCUCCACUUCCUGUGCUCGGUUUAAAUUUAUCAACAAAAAAAACAUGAUGGUAAAACUUGUUGGGAUUUUUUUUCUUCGUCAAAGUAGCCUACUACUAUAUCAUGUUUAGGAAUCUGUGACUAUCAACUAAUUAUCUCUCCUUCCUCACAGUGUUCAUAGUCCUUCACUGAUUUCGAACACAUUAUCCAUUAUUUGACCAAAUACUCAAGUGGCUGUUCGAACAAAGAAAAUAAAUGUCUUCAAAAAUGGAAGGCAAUCGAUAAAGAGGCAAGAUCAGGUGGGAUCAUUAUAGCCAAUGAGAGGGCAGACAUGCGUAUUUCUACAGCCUCAUGCGUCUAUAUCCCAUUUUCAUUUAUUUAAGGUUAGGCAUAGAGCUAGAAGUGUUGUUAAGGUUAGGGUGAAAAUCACAUUUUAAUAAGAUCAAUUGAAGUAAUGGGCGUGGUUUAUGGCUUUGUUCGCGGACAAAUCUAGCCCGUCCCACUCCACCCUCCCAGAGUCCCCAGGUCGAUCGCCUCCCUGUACUUUACUGUUGGGUCUGGUCAUCUGCAGGAAAACACCAGGGCAGAGUGGAACUGAGAGAGGAGAAGAGGAACAUGGAGAUUUGAUUUCAUUAAGUAAGAACCAUGGGAACAUCCCUAAUCGUUGCUCUCUAAGUGGGAGGGGCUUAUCAUCUGGGGAGCCUCAACAACAUGAUGCUGACAAGAAAGAAAAGAGUCUCUCCAGAUCAGAACACCUCAAGAAACACCAGCAGAGACUUAUAAGGAAGAAACCUCACCACAGCUGCUCUGACUGUGGGAAAAGUUUUGCUAAAGAGAAGGAUUUGAUAAUUCACAAACAGAUUCACACCGGAAAGAAACCGUACCACUGCUCGCAGUUUGGGAAGAGUUUCCCUGCAUCUAAAACCUUAAAAUCUCAUCAGAUAAUUCAUACAGGGGAGAGACCUUACACCUGCUUUGACUGUGGGAAAUACUUAACUCAAUCAGGAGACCUGACUACACACCAGUGCAUACACACAGGAGAGAAGCCUUAUAGCUGUGAUCAGUGUGGGAAGAAUUUCUAUACGUCAGGACACCUGACUACCCACCAACGCAUACACACAGGAGAGAAGCCUUAUAGCUGUGAUCAGUGUGGGAAGAGCUUCAAUAAUUCAGGAAACCUGACGAAACACCAACGCAUACACACAGGAGAGAAGCCUUAUAGCUGUGAUCAGUGUGGGAAGAGCUUCAAUAAUUCAGGAUCCCUGAUUACACACCAACGCAUACACACAGGAGAGAAGCCUUAUAGCUGUGAUCAGUGUGGGAAGAGCUUCAAUCAAUCAGGACACCUGAUUAGACACCAACGCAUACACACAGGAGAGAAGCCUUAUAGCUGUGAUCAGUGUGGGAAGAGCUUCAAUCAUUCAGGACACCUGACUAGACACCAACGCAUACACACAGGAGAGAAGCCUUAUAGCUGUGAUCAGUGUGGGAAGAGCUUCAAUUAUUCAGGAUCCCUGACUAUACACCAACGCAUACACACUGGAGAGAAGCCUUAUAGCUGUGAUCAGUGUGGGAAGAGCUUCAAUUAUUCAGGAGUUCUGACUAUACACCAACGCAUACACACUGGAGAGAAGCCUUAUAGCUGUGAUCAGUGUGGGAAGAGCUUCAAUUAUUCAGGAGCCCUGACUACACACCAACACAUACACACAGGAGAGAAGCCUUAUAGCUGUGAUCAGUGUGGGAAGAGGUUCAAUCGUUCAGGAUACCUGACAUCACACCAGCGAAUACACACAGGAGAGAAGCCUUACUCCUGUCUAUGUGGAAAGAGCUUUGCUCAUUCAGCAUCACUGAAAAAACACCAUAAAUCACAAACAUGUUUUCUUUCAUAUCCAUCCUCUCUGCCACCGGUUCCAGAUCCCUCAAUAAAGUUUAAAUAGAAAACAUAUUGUAAAGAGUCAUCCAUCUCCCAUUCUCAAGUGUCUUGGAGUAGGAGUGCUGUGUGUGUGUGGUGGGGUGGGGGUGUUCAGAGCUGUAUCUUAUUUCAGUAACUCCUAUUAACUCUUACUACCUGUCAGGGCAAGGAGAUUGAGGUUGUAACCUCAUAUAAAUAUCUUGGAAUUCUAAUUGAUGACGGCCUCUCUUUUAAAUUGCAUAUUCAACAACUUACAAAACAAUUGAAGCUGAAAUUGGGUUUUUAUUUUAGGAAUAAGGCCUGUUUUUCUUUUGAAGCCAGAAGGAGGCUAGUAUCAGCUACAUUUAUGCCUUUACUAGACUAUGGGGAUAUUUUAUAUAUGAAUGCUUCCGCUCAGUGUUUGAGAUCAAUUGACACUCUACCAUGGCACUUUGAGAUUUAUUUUAACUUCUACUUAGUACUCAUCCCGGAUCCGGGAGCACCCUCAUCAGUAAAAAAGCUGACUAGCAUAGCCUAGCAUAGCGCCACAAGUAAAUACUAGCAUCUAAAUAUCAUGAAAUCACAAGUCCAAGACACCAGAUGAAAGAUACACAUCUUGUGAAUCCAGCCAUCAUUUCUGAUUUUUAAAAUGUUUUACAGGGAAGACACAAUAUGUAAAUCUAUUAGCUAACCACGAUAGCAAAAGACUCAACUUUUUUCUCUCCACUAUUUUCUUACUCCAUCAGUAGCUAUCACAAAUUCGACCAAAUAAAGAUAUAAAUAGCCACUAACCAAGAAACAACUUCAUCAGAUGACAGUCUGAUAACAUAUUUAUUGUAUAGCAUAUGUUUUGUUCGAAAAAUGUGCAUAUUUCAGGUAUAAAUCACAGUUCUACAUUGCAGCUGCAAUCUGAAAUAGCGUCGAUGCAGGCAGAAUAAUUACAGAGACCAACGUCAAAUACCUAAUUACUCAUCAUAAAACAUUUCUGAAAAAUACACAGCGUACAGCAAAUGAAAGCCCAACAUCUUGUGAAUCCAGCCAAUAUGUCAGAUUUUUUAAGUGUUUUACAGCGAAAACACAAUAUAGCAUUAUAUUAGCUUACCACAAUAGCCAGAAACACAACCGCAUUUACCAGCAGCAAAUGUUAGCGAUCGUGACAAUCCAGCAAAAGAUAUAUAAUUUUUGACUAACCUUGAUAUACUUCAUCAGAUGACAGUCCUGUAACAUCAUAUUACACAAUGCAUAUAGGUUUUGUUCGAAAAUGUGCAUAUUUAGCAGCACAAAUCGUGGUUAUACAAUGUGAUCAGUAGCAACAUUUCAUGCAUUCUGGCCGGCGCCAUCUUGGAGAGGCACCUAAUCUAAUCGAUAAAUAAUCGUAAACUUGACUAAAAAAUACAGGUUGGACAGCAAAUGAAAGAUGCAUUAGUUAUUAAUGCAACCGCUGUGUUAGAUUUUUAAAAUUAACGUUACUAGACAUACAGUGUGCGUUACAGCCAGACCAGUGCCGCAAUAAUGGCGGACAAAUCCUUUUACAUUUUUCCACAUAAAUACGGAAUAACAUCAUAAAUAGCUCUUACUUUUGGACGAGCUUCCAUCAGAAUCUUGGGCAAGUUCUCCUUUGUCCAAAAGAAUCGUUGCUCGGUUGUAAAACGUCCUCUUCAACUUUGGAAUUAGCAGCUAACAAUAGCUAUGUGGCGCAGACAUGCCCAAAUCUUCAAAACGCAAUACUAAGGAAAUUCCGAAAAUAGCAAAAUACUCGCAUAAACUGAUAUAACUCGGUUUAAAAUAACUUCGUUAUGAUUUUUCUAACACCUAUAUCGAAUGAAAUCACAGACGGAUAUAUCUAAGGCCUAUAACAAGAGCUUUUGAGCAUGCCAUCCUGAGGUCCUCCUUUGCGUCUUGACGAACGUCGAAAAGAGCGCACCCCCCAUGCCAUGGCCUUUUAUAAGGUCUGAGAUCUACGUAGAAACUCCAUUCCAAUUCUCAUUGGUUACUGACAUCCAGGGGAAGGCACGUGCAGUUCAUGUCGACCCAUAGGAUACAUACAGAGCUUUAAACUGAUCUGAGAACAGAGCCUCGUUUUCAGACCUUCGCAGUUCCUGUCGUGAAUUUCGCUCCAGAAUGAGUUGUGUUUCACCCACAGACAUAAUUCAAACGGUUUUAGAAACUAGAGAUUGUUUUCUAUCCAAUAGUAAUAAUAAUAUGCAUAUUGUACGAGCAAGAAUUGAGUACGAGGCAGUUUAAUUUGGGAACGAUAAAUGUCCAAGUUGAAACAGCACCCCCUGUAGUGACAAGAUUAAACUGCAAAACCCUUAUGCACCACUGCACUUUGUAUACCAGGGUUGGCUGGCCUUCUCUAGUCACUCGUAGGCUCAGUCACGGGUAUACUUUUAUUUACAAAGCCAUUUUGGGUUUACUACCUUUUUAUUUGGGCAUUUUUAUUGUUCAGAAAUGUGGUGGGUACUCUCUUCGUUCGCUAGACUUUAUCCUGCUAACUGUUCCAAAUGUCCGAACUGAAUUUGGUAAAAGGUCUUUUAUGUACUCUGCGCCAUCGUCUUGGAACACCUUACAAAAUCAUUUUAAACUGGAAGAACUUGUCCCGAUUGGUGUUUUUAAAUCACUGAUGAAGGAUUUUGAGGCUGAUUCCCUGACCUGUCAAUGUUUUUAAUUUGCUGUUUUUGAUAUUGUUAUACUCUUGUGAAUUCAAUGGUUUUUACUAGAUUACUUGUAGUUUUUCAUGUUGUCUGUCUGUAAUUUUUGUAAUGACUUGGUGCUGCCUAUCUUGGCCAGGACGCUCUUGAAAAAGAGAUUUUAAAUCUCAAUGAGCCCUUCCUGGUUAAAUAAAGGUUAAAUAAAAUAAAAAAUAUCCAUUAAAUAA